AUGGCCGCCAAGGUGAUUGUCUGCGCAGGUGCAACGCUGCCUGAAGGACGCAAGCUCCGGGUGGCGGUGAUUGGCGGAGGGCCUGCAGGCGCCAGUGCUGCAGAUGCUUUGGCCCAGGAGGGAAUCGAGACUUACCUGAUCGAGCGGAAGAUGGACAACUGCAUGCCGUGUGGUGGUGCGAUUCCAUUGUGCAUGAUCGACGAGUUCGGCCUUCCCAAAGACAUUGUUGACCGGCAGGUCAAAAAGAUGGCCAUGAUCUCGCUCACCAACAAGGAAGUCCAGAUUGGUCAGACCCUCAAGCAUGACGAAUUCAUUGGCAUGGUUCGCCGCGAAGUCCUUGAUGACUUCCUCCGACAACGGGCCAAGAAGAAUGGUGCCACACUGAUCAACGGGCUUUUAUGGGCAAGCAAUGCUCGCAAGGGCGAGAAGAAGGUGCUGGAAGUCGACGUGGUGAUUGGUGCCGAUGGGGUAAACAGCCGCGUUGCAAAGGACAUUUGGAUGUUGCUGUCACUGCUUGGAGACGUGGGGUUGAGCAUGAUUAAGCGGCGUACUAGUCUGGGAAAGGAGCUGGGAGCCGCCACUAUCGUGGAUCCACUUCUCCCGUGGAGUGGACGAGUCGCAGCCACCGGUGCUUCAAGGACGUCGAACGGGCCCUUAGUGCCCUUCCUGCUGCGGGCUUCGGACUUGGAGCUCAACUUUCACGGUGCAGAGUUUCUGGCCAUUGGCAAGACCAUGUGCGGCAAAGCCGGCGGGCCCGACGGAUGGACCCAGCUUCUUUCUGAAGCUGCCUGGGCCUGGCACGACUUUGGAGUGCCACUCUCGCUGCUCUGUGUCGCCUACCGUAUCGGAGCCAAGGCAAUGUUGUCGCAAGUGACUACAUGGGCAGAAGAGUGGCUCGGGCAUCAGGCUAGUGGCGGUGUCCCUCGCCGUUCCCUGAAGGACGUCGUUCAGCAGAUCCUUGUCGCCAACGAGGAUGGACAAGCUGUUGUUGCGGAGGACCUGUCCAAGUUCUUCGACAGCGUGGACCACCGUGACUUGGGCCUGGCUCUUGUUAGGCUGGGAGCUCCACGGCAAUUCCGCGAAUUCGUGCUUGGCUUUUACGGCGAGCACUACAAGCUCUUCUCGGCCGGUGGGAUGCUGGGGGAUAGAUGGCACAGUACCAGCCGCGGCUUGUGCCAAGGCUGUCCGCUCAGCCCUCUCCUGGCUUCGACGUUGCUGAUGGCUUGGGCUCUGCGUUUGGAACGCUGUCCGGGCGUCAGGGCUGCCUCCUUUGUCGACGACCGCUUCCUUGUGCUGACGGCCGAUGCUGAUGCUACUGCCGCCCGCCGGGAGAGCAUGGCUUUUGACGCCGCGCUUGGCUUCACCUGUGACGUCUCGAAGAGCAAGGUCGCUUCCUCUUCUGCUUGCGCCUGGGCUGCCGACCUCUCGCACGUCUUCGGCUACGAGUGGGUUAAGUCCUUUAAGGUCCUCGGCCUCUUGAUCGACUUCGACUGUGUCGGCCAGGUGACGCUGGCCAACUUCUCUGUGGAUGAGGAAGCGCAGAAGCUGCGGAGACGUGCUUUUCCGUGUGGGCUCGACAAGGCCGUUCCACUUGCUCUUGAGGAAACGGUUCCGUUGAACGUGGCUUGCCGGCGAUGGCCGGCUGUCUUGGGCUUUGCUGUGGAGGUCCUUCGUGAGCUUGACUGGCAGACGGAGGACGGAGGACGUGAGAUCACUAGGAUUGGCACCGCCGCAGGGCCGUUCUUCAAUGCGGCCGUCGGCACAUCGGUUAUCACCGCCCUCAGGCGGAGCUGGCUACCGCCUGCCACGCUAUGCACCUUUCAAGGGCACAAGAAGUUGCAUGAUGAUGGUGACUUGUACCUCCGGCAGCUUUGCCUCGGCUAUGGCUGCUCCACGUGGGACAAAAAGGCGAGGCACAAGCUUGAGCUGCUGCCGGUGUGCCCCUGUGAUGUCGAGGAGCCCAGCAGGCGGUCUUUACUGAUAGGUUGGGCGAGCGAUUGUUGGCUGGUGCUGUGCCAGAACUUCUCAGGAUGCUGUCCUCCUCGACACCGAUGGUUUCAUGCUGUUGCGGCCUCGGCGGGUGUCAUCGAACAUGGGCCCUCCUUCGCCAUCGGUGUCGACGGCGAGGACCAGUCUUCCUACACGGCGGAGUUGGAGGCCUUUUUGCUGCUGCUGCGGGUAGGACGCGCGGGAUACUUUAUCCUUGCCAUGGACUGCAAGGGCGUGCUGGACACCUGGAGGGGCGGUGGACGCCUCCCCUUCUUUGCGCAGAGCUUUCGUACUCUGGCUGUGCAGUUGCAGGCAAAGGGCACGCAUCUCGAGCUGGUCUGGGUGCCGAGCCAUGGGAAACCGGUGCCGUCCUCGUGGACUCCGUGUCGCCGAUGCUCGCUGGAUCGCCUUCGCGCCAUCAAUGCGAGAGCCGAUAAGGCUGCUGGACGCCUUGCUCGCCGUCGUGCAGCUGGCUCCUUGCGGCAGCGCUGCCUCAGCGAGAGGCGGGAGGCUGAGCGAUGGGAACGCAAAGUCCUCAGCGGUUGCGAUCAUGUUGCCGUUGGCACUGGCACUGUCGUGGACAAGAAGGGCAUUCAAAGAUACCAGCAGGACAUUCGAGACCGAGCGGCUGUUUGCAUCGAUGGGGGUGAGAUCAUCCGGGUAGAGGCCCACCCGAUUCCCGAGCACCCGAGGCCCUGGAGGGUCAAGGACAGGGCGAUCCUCGUCGAAGAUGCCGCCGGGUAUGUGACCAAGUGCUCUGGUGACGAUCGUCAAGAGUACGUGCAGAAGGUGACCUUCGACUCGUAUCUUUACAAGACAGUCCAGGGCAACGCAUCUCGCCUGAGCUUUGACCCUGUCGGAGAUCUGAAGCUGGGAUGGAAGACACUCACUUCCCUUUACAAGUACAACAACCAGAAGACGCCAGAAGAUGGCAUUGCCUGUUGGCGUGGGAGUGGCUCAACACAUAAUUCAGCUGUUUUGGCGAUAGAUUUAUCUGCCAUGGGGGAAAAUGCUGGCAAAUUCGCCCUUAUGGGAUGCGGCCUUGUGUGCUUGGGCUUGCUGAUUUUCGUCAUCGUAAUGCUGGCGUCCAUUACGGUCGUCAACGACCGGCAGCAGAUCCUGUACAUCUUUCCAACCACGAAAGAGGUGAAGAAUGGUCCUUUCACUGAGAUCAUCUGGCCGCACAUAACUCGUGAAGUGAGAGACGCUGUGCAAGUAUCGACAAGUGACUUUGCCGUCUUGAAGCAUGAGCGGACACAAGAGCUUCGUCAUGUUCCCGGUCCAGAAUUUGUCUUUAUGGGAGCCUACGAAUCACUGGAGGCGAUUAGAUCCAAGACCGUGCUGCAGAAGCAAGAGUACAUCCGCCUCGUGGACAAGAUGACUGGGGAAGAGCGUGUGGUGGAGGGUGCCACGACUUUGGUCCCACGACCACUUGAAGACGCUCCUGCGGGUGUGGAGACUGCGAUUGUCAUUGGAGCGCAGAAUGCGGUCCUGGUGUACAACAAGACCUCGGGCAUCAGAAGCCUGAUCAGACAGGCUGGUGCCUUUGUUCCAGCCCCUUAUGAAGAGAUCCUCAGCGAGCAGCAGGCUGUUCUUCUGGAACCCCUGCAGUAUGCCGUUGUCAAAGAUCUCCUCACUGGCGAGGCGCGGAACGAGGUUGGGCCGCAGCUGCUCCAAGCAGGUGCUUACGAGAGCAUCCUGGAGACCAAACGGAAGCUCGUUCUGGAGAAGGACGAGUACAUCCAAUUCCUGGAUAAAAAGACGGGCAUGGAGCGAGUCCUGCGAGGUCCCGACCAAGUCGUGCCCGAGCCUAAUGAAGAAGCCGAAGAUGGGGUUCAGAAGGCGGUCUUCCUCACCGACCAGCAGGCCGUGGUGGUCCUGAACAGGACUUCUGGACAAAGGCGGCUUGAAACCACAAAUGGGGUUUUCUUUCCGGAAGCUUACGAGAAGGUGCUGGAGGUGCGAACAAAAUACGUGGUCCUGACCAAUCAGGCCGCUGUGACAAGAGAUGUCCUCGGUGCACUAACGAUGAUCAGUGGAGCAAGUGGCAGCACGGCUUUCUUCUUGCAGCCGUACGAGGAACUAGUGGAGAUGCAAUGGUCCGUGUACGACUCUCCGGAUGCGCAGGAUCCGGUUCCGACGACCACGGUUUCCAUGAUCGAUCUCCGAGCUCAGAAGAUGUUUUUCAAUGUGGAAGUGCGAACCAGCGACAAUGUGAAAAUGAGACUCGAGGGUACGAUCUUCUGGCAGGUGCAGGAUGUCCUCACCAUGAUUGCGACGACAGCUGAUCCUGCCGGUGAUGUGUCGCAGCGGGCGCGGAGUGGACUGGUAUCAGCAGUAAGCCAAAACACCUUUGCAGUCUUCAUGAGUCAGUUCAACAACAUUACCGCGCAGGCUUACGCUCAGCAAGUAGCAGACGGCUUUUACAGCUCACGUGGUGUGGAGCUGCAAAGCAUGGAGAUGACCCGCUACGACAUGGUAGAUCAGGAGUCGAUCCGGAUCGAGAUCCGUCGCAGGCAUCAGUGGUUGAUUCAAAAUGUGAAACUCCCAGUGAACUGGCCGGAGGAGACUGCAGACAUCUUACAGCUGAUCAUCCAAGAAAGCACGAACCGCAUCAACCGCUUGCAGCAGCAGGAGAGUGAGAACGAUGUUUUAGCGGCAAAGCUGGUGGCAGACAUUCAGUUGGAGCAGCAGCGUACGGAUUUCAUCAGAACGCAGGCGAGUAACCAGAGGCUGGCGGCUCUCUUGGAAGGACAAGCUCAAGGCACUGAGCUCGUAGAAAGUGCCGCGGCCUUCAUUGAUGGUUUGAACGAGACGGUGCCGGAUGUGGCAGACCGGACAGAGUUGUACAGGAUGCAUCAGCUUCUGGACGCACGGAACGCAGACACACAUAACUUGGCCUCGGGCCAGGCCCAGCUCUUCCUCACACCUUCCAAUCUCAAUUUACAGCUGAGAAUGGCAAAUGACGAGCUGUAA